AUGUCCAGGCAACAACAAGACCUUGUGUUUUUUGACGAUAACAGCCUUAUAUCUGAGAAGUCCUUUGCGCCUCACAACCAUGUGUUGCACGUGAUCACUCAUUCGGAUAGCACGCAACCUGCCUGGCUAGUCCAUUCCUUGAUUGAGACCUGUUUAGUUGGAACUGCUAGUCUGGUGAACCGAGACUUGAGUCCAACACUCACCCCAAAAGCGCUGGUGACAUACGUAUCAUUCCUCCAUACGGAAGAAUUUCUUAUCAAAAAUUGCCGAAAACUGGGAUUAGACUUGGGAACGGCGAGUGAUUUCCAUUUCGUGGACUGUUUUCAGGAUCUUUUCUCCAAAAUUAUAACCCACCCAAGCGAAGCCAAGAAUGAGGUCGGGGAUAUGUUCUCACAAAUCACGAAAAAAUUACAGGCGGAUCCCAACGGCAACAAGGUGGUGAUUGUACAUUCACCGGAAAUACUCCUAGCAGCAACUCACAUUUUGAGCAAUGACUUGAUACACCAUCUUCAAAACAUCAAUCGGUCCUGUAACACUUUGUUUGUUGUUUCGAACACUGACAGCUCCUUAAUAGACUUGAGCUCGUCAAAUCCUUCAGACCCAGUGUUCAGAAUCACCGACUUUUACGUGAAACUACACCAUAAGUCAUCUUUGAACGUGAAUCUUCUGCCGCUUGCGACCGGAAAAGCAAAGGACAUAACGGGCAGUUUGAUCAUCUCUAAGGGGGCAUUGCCAUAUGAUGAUUCCGUUUCGGUUUUGGAAAAAGAAUACGUAUUCCACAUGUCGAAAGAAGCCAAUGUCAAAAUAUUCUUCAGGUAA